AUGCACUUCUCCAUGCUCCUCACUCUUGCCUCCAUGGCUCUCGCCCUCCCCUCCCCUUCCAUUGCUCCAUCAAUGCAACUCUACGUGUCCCGAUUCCAAGCUCGCACCUCCCCCUCCUCCAACUCGACCUCGUUCUACGUCGCCGACUCCACCGAAUCAAACAUCCACUAUUGCACCGGAUCCCUGGGCAACCCCAACACAUGGCAGAAGUGCACGUGCCGCAAGGGCAGCGGCGAAGAUAUGGCGUUUCAGUUUGGUGAGGAAAUGAGUAGAUUGGGGUUGAGGAAGGGUUGGAUGGAUGGGGCUGGGUGA